ACAAUCCCCAUCUGGCAGAACAAGCCCCAUGGCUCAGCGCGCAGCGUCGUCCGGAGGAUCGGGUCCAACCUCCCCCUAAAACCCUGUCCCAGAGCAACCUUUGAGGUUCUCCCGAAUGUUUCAGAGCUGUAUUUAAAUGAUGCCCCUCCAGUCCCCACCCUGGCUGACAUUGUGUGGAUAGCGGCCGAUGAUGAGGAAACCUACGCCAGAGUCAGGAGCGACACUCGCCCGCUGAAGCACAAGUGGAAGCCGAGUCCCUUUACCGUCAUACAGCGAAAUGCUUCGGUCCCCAACCUGAGGAAGCAGGAGGAGAAGCUGCUCGCCUUGAAGAAACCGGGUUUACCGGCACUGAGUCGAACAACAGAACUCCAGGAUGAGCUGAGUCACCUUCGGAGUCAGAUAGCUAAAAUAGUCGCUGCGGAGUCCGGUAGGAACGCGGCGAGUUUCGUUUUCUGUUGA